AUGUACCUUAAUAUCAAAUAUAUCAAUGCAAAUGUCACUUUGGAGAAGAGGCUUGGUGAGCUAUGGAUAAAAAUCCCUUGUAUGGAUGAUCUCGGGAGUUGUGUCUAUGACGAUGUUUGUGCCAAACUGGACCUGCUUGUCCCUCCAGGCCAGCAAUGUCCAGAACCCUUGGAGUCUGUUGGCAUUCCUUGUCAUUGCCCCUUCAAAGCGGGUUCUUACAACUUGCCUCCUUCCGAAUUCUUCAUACCUAAUAUUGGCUUGCCUUCUUUCCUCACCAAUGGGGACUACAAGAUUAAAGCUGUAUUGAGUAACGGUGACCAAGAGCUUUCCUGCGUCAAGCUGAGCUUCUCCCUGCAUACGGAAAACUUGUGGUUUUGAUAGGACCCCAAGACAUGCCUCCUUGAUACUGAGUGCCAUUCUUCCUUCCUGCUUCUUCUCCUCGUCCCUUUGAUACUAAUACAGAGAGUCACUUUGCAGCCUUAAGGGGAAGGGUUAUAGGCACUGCUUUCAUGAUGGCUAUUAAUUAUGCAGAGAUACCACAAAGCCUGAUGAACAAAUGCUCAGAAACAUUUUUACUAAAAAUGUAGAUGUCUGAUUAGGAUUAGAGCCAUGUCACACUGGAUAUUUGUUCUACAUGAGAAUGCUGGGGAGUGUGGGAUGUAUAAUACUUACUGCACAAGUGAUAUCCUACUUAUUUGGCUGCAUAUACUCCAGAGUGCAGCUUCCCAGAAUGUGAGCAUGCAGUAAUAUGGCAUGUGCACGAAUCAGGCGUUAGCACAGCCAAAAGCCUGUCCAGUAUAGGAAUCUUUUCCCACAGUGGAUGAACAAAGGCCUGUGUAGAGGCCUCAGGCAGAACACGAGCACAAUGGCACCCUCUCAUUUAGACCCCCUAGUGACCCACAUACAUUGGCAUAUUCCAAUGGUGGUCACAGAGUCAUCAGCCUAGAGGCCUCUGAAUAUUGAUAUCCUCCAUGAUCUUUAUACAUUCUGAGAUACCAUGAGAUCCCCCUACAUUCCAGGUUCUGAUAGGGAUGUGAGAAACUGGCAAGACGUGUGUGAUAGUGGGUGGCCUGAGCAACUAGAGGGGGAAAUCAGGCUCUGUGUUUGAGUCACACCUCAGAAUUGCCAGGUAGGACCAUUCUCACCUGUGCAGAGCCACCCCUGAUAUGAGCGGGUGCUUUGAAGCCCCAAGCUGGUCCCAGCCUCCAUUUUAGCCAGCCUUGUUCCUCCUGAGUUGAACUUUAGGAGUAGGGGAAUUAAAGCCAAGAAUGUGAGUGAGACAAGGAAGGUGACUGUCAGCUUUUACAAACGUUAAUGUCCGCUCCCUGCACACCAUAAACCAUGCCAUGCUCCCUCAACUUGCAUAAAAACCUUCCGACAUAGGGCUGCUGUUUGGUGUAGAGGUAGCCCAGAAGGCAAAGCAAACAUGAAAGAAUAAUGGGCACGUUCAAAAGGUUUGAGAAAGACUGCCUUCUAUCCCCGAAUAACAAAAUGUAAGACGUGACCCUAAUGUACAUAUUUAACUGGACCCACUGUAGCAAAUGUAUUGGUUGUGAUGGUUUAUUGGCUCAUUUGGAGGUGGGACUUUCAGCUUGGGAUCUAGCAAAAGCAGAAACACCAUGAAAAUCUGUACUGAUAAUUAUUAAUAGUUUUGUAUACCAUAAGAUACUACUAACAUUUCUGAAAAGGAACCAAUGCUUGCAGCUCUUUUUCAAGAUCUCUCUGGACUGUGUGGGUAUUGUUGGGCAAAGUGGCAUGUCUUCAUCUGUAUAGGAAUGUUCUCUUCUUGUUCUUGACCAGUCACAGAAGAAAAGAUGAUUACUGACCUUCUGGCUGCGAAAGAACCCAACUAUGAUAGGAGUGUGGAUGGAAACACACCUUUUAUUCUCAAGGAGAGAUGCUCUGCAUUAAGCAGCCUGAUUGGUUUAUGAACAUUCAAAGCAAUGCCAUUUUAGAAUAUGAGUUACCCAGGUAUUAACCAGACUAUUUGAAGAUUUAACUAGAAGAUUCUUAGUUACUAUGCCAUAUAAUAGCCAUUGGGGCACCAUGAGUAUUGUGUCCUGACUCCUCUUGGGCCAAAUUGUUUUGGGAUUUGUGCCAGGUAUGCAGUUACGUGAGAUGCAUAUGUACCAGUUUUGCUUGGUACAUGUUACAUGUGCUGCUGUUGGACUGUUAUAGUUAAAAACAACAACACAUGCUGAUAAGGUGGUUAACACUGAGCCGAGAUUAAUUGUUAGACUAAGGAUAAGUUAUUCCUGCUUGGCUUGAGGCUCAUCAGACCUUGUCCUCUAACCACCUGAUGUGACAGACACAAGUAUUGUGUACAAUCUUUUCUCUACCCCAUAUUCUCCUCCUCACCCAGUAAGACCUUACACAGACCUUACAGGCAGAGUUACGAAUUUGUGCCUGUAUUCUGUGUUACAAAGAUUUUAUUACCCUGGAUGUUAAUGACAAUAUAACUCUGCCUUUAGUAUUAAGUCUUCAGGGACUUUUGUGUAGUAACAGCAACCCUAGACUUACCCUGUGACAUUUCAUAUGGUUUGGAUGUCGUGACUGCAUAUCUUAUGUCAAAUCCUAGUGCCAUUUCACCUAUUCAGUCAUUCCAGAUACCCAGCAUAUUUUUAAGUCCCAUGCAUCUCCACUGUGCACCACGUUCUUUAUCUUCCCCUCUUAUCCAAACAAUAUAAUUUAUCUUGGAGAAAGUGGCGAAAAGACAGUGUACAGAGCAGUAAUAGUCCACAUUAGUUCUGAAGAGGCUGCAUUUCUUUGAGUAGGUUUUAAAAGGCACUUAAUAUGCCCAAGUCCAGAGUAAAAGUCAAAGGGCAGAUAAGAAUAUACUAUUGUUUAGGAGCCCCCUCCACAUUUUCAUGAUAACUCUUGCAUGACACAAUAGCCCCAUAUCUUCCUUAUAAUUGUGUCCAAAUUACACAUGCAAGAGAGAUCCUGAUUAUCAAUGCAGCACUGCCUCCAAGGUAUGUGUACAAGACCACUGUUGUACUGCCUUGCAUAGUAGCUUCUCAGCAGCCUAUCACCAUUGCGCUUAGCGUUUUAAAUUGUCAGGGCUGUGCCAUGGGUUGCGGGCAACUUGCUAGUACUACUCAGUGCUUUCAUAGGAUUGCUACUAAAACAACCCCUGCCCCUUAAAUAAUAUGGUUUUGGAUUGUCCUGAUGCAAGACACAACCCUGUGGAUCAUUAUAUGGAACAUGUUUUUUAGUGAAUGCCUUUAUUUUGUCCUCCUGAACUUGCUGCCUUUCGUAAGCAAUAAUGGAUUUUCUGUUGAUUGCGUUGGCUUCGAAUCAAACUCUAACAAUUUCUCACACUUUAUCCAUUCCAUAUGCUUAUCAGCAAAUGUCUGAUCUAUUUUGUGGUGUCCAGUUUCAGACUGAAAUAAAUCCAGAGACCUUUAAUAAAUCUUUUAAUUUCUA